CUGGCAUAUGUACCAUCGACCGGCGGCGUCACCCCGUCCUCGACCCCUCCUUCUCCUCCUCGCCACCAAGGGCCUGGGUUCCCGCUACCGACUCGCGAGCCAAGAAAUUUCUCCAGCGUUCCUUUUCUGGGGCCUACGCCUGCGACAUCUUCUCUCAUGUCCAACCCGAAGGGUCAGCACUACUGGAGACAGCUUAGAGAAACUCUGACAGCGGGACGAUGGGGCGACUCGUUGCCUGCGAAGACGCCUAGCGGUGGUCCGCUCUCAUGGCCUGAGCUACUGCGCAAGUUCAACAAGCACUGUCCUGGGCAUUCGCACGCGGCGGACCUUGCCUUGCAGACACAGACCCUGGCAUUGCUCCUGUCAGUGAAGGCGGCCACUGCAGACCUGGAUGGGAACGAAGUGAGUGUCCCCAACCAGCUCGCUUUAGGGCAGGAAUGCAUGCUGCAGGAAGAACGUCUGGAGGAGGCCACAGCUGGAUAUAAUGCCCUGAAAACCCUCGAGACCUCUAACUCUGAUUCGAUCAAGUUGGCGGUGGCGUACUACGCGUAUGCUCUCAGAAGGCCUUCGGAAUGCCUGGCUGUGUUGGUGGAAGUGCAGAGCCUAUUGGACGCGCACAACCGUGAACCAUCAUCGACCACGCGUAACUCUUCCCUGACUCUUCGGAUACCUAAUGGCGGAAACGACGGGUCUGUAUCCUCCGCCUGGACGGGAAGCGACAUAUCCGCGGUCUCACUUGUGUCCAUUGCGGAGAUUAGUGACGGGAGCACAUGGGCCGCUGCGGAGCGUAUACGCAGUAUCUGCUUGCAGGGCAUGUCGCAUGAAUGCAUUACGCCGGAUGACCCCCAGAAGGCCCUCGACACCUACUUGACUGCGUUCCCACUCGUCUCUGGUGCGAUAUCCGACAUCCCUCCUUACAUGUCUGUCCAGCCUGCAUCAAAUACAUAUGCGGGGACCGUCGUCGACACGACCUCGUUCGGACGGUACCGCGAGCUCUGGCGGUGGGUCGAGCGGCUGCUUCGACGCGCGAUCAUUCUCGCUUCACGGACAUACGACGUGCCCAAGCAGGGGAGCAGCGGCACAAUCUCACUCUGGACGCUCCUCGAUAGGUAUCACACCUGCAGCGCACACUGGCCCCCGACGUUCCGUCCAGCGCAACGCUCGACCAUCGCCGUGCUGCACCUCCGCGCUUUCGUCCUUCGCGUGCAUGCCUCCCCUGCGGAGGCAGCCAUCCCUGCGUCUCGAGCCGGCGUAGAAAAGCCGCACCGGUGGAUCAGUGCCGCGCGCUCGGUGGUUCAGGAAUACCGCGCGAUCCUCAGUGUCAGCACACAAUUCCCAAGGGCCGGCGAGCGGAAUGUCCAGGUAGAGGACUUGGUCGACCUGAGCGUCGCUAUUUGGGAGGCGGAUGGCGCUGUGGGCGAGUACGCGGGUUGGGUUAUCGAUGUGUUAUGGUGGGCGACCCGACUCACGUUCAAUUCGUACAAGGUAUACCGGCACAUGUCGCGCCUGCUGUACGUAUCCGGUGAUGCGGAGCUCGCGAAGCGCACCCUCCGACUCUACGUGCAGGUUGUAGGCAAGGCGCGCGAGACGCAGAUGGCGCAAGGCGAGACCGGUACAAUCGUCGGGGACGUUGACUGCGACACAGACCGCAAUUGGGUGCAGACGUGUGUGCAGGGUGCGAGGAUGCUGUGUCGGCUAGCCUUGGCUGAGGCAGAUGGGCAGGCGGCACGUAAGGAGGCGAAGGAGGCAGGGACUUUGAUCGAGUGGGCCAAGGAGCGCCUGAAUGCGAACGACAAGGAACUGGUUGGAAGCGUACAACUCGCGGAAGGCAUCUGGCAGUCUGUCAUGGCUCAAACGGAGCAGGACUCUCGGACCCGACAGACGCGUCUCUCCGAUUCUAUGGUACUCCUUGAGGCGGCAGCACAGACAUACCCCACCCCUUCUGUCCAUCAUCACCUUGCCCUUGCCCAUUCUCGUCCUGGGCCCACGCUUGACCUGCAGAAAGCCAUCUCCGACGCGCGACUGGCCGUAGAAGGCGAGUCGAGCGAGGUCAGGCAUUGGCACUUGCUAGGACUGCUACUGACUGCCACAGGCGAUUGGAGGGCGGCGCAAGGUGUCUUCGAGAUUGGUGCCGGUGUGGGCGAGGUUGACUUGGCCGAGGAUGGCUCCGGGACCGGGGACGAUGCACAGCUCGACGCGGCGAGCGGCGUGGUCGCGCAUGACUACGCUACGCUAGCCCCGAAAGUGAACGGAAACGCUAAUGGCGACGCGAAGGUCAAUGGCGAUACGCCUAGGGAAGGAGAUGCAAGCCCAACUACGCCGGUCACCCUGCUGGAUCGCGACGCUCAGAGCAUACCUUCAUCGGCGACAUUACUGAGGCCUAUUCGGGACAGACCACCAGCUUCCAGGAACGAAGCGUUCGAACAUGCGCUCCAGCUACGGAUGUCUCAGCUGACCCUCGCUGAGUAUGUCGAGGGCCCGGAGGGUGCCGGCGACCGAUGGGUAGAGGUGUUUCAGUGGUUUUCAGAAAGAAGGGAACUAGGGACAGAUGACAGACGAUUGUCCAUCGACAGUAGAGCUGAUGCCGAAGCCCGGUCUAUGGUGCCGUCCACUGAGAAAACCGCAACGGCACCUUCGAAUAUGGGGCGCAAGUCAAUGCAUCUCCGAGCUUCAGUCGACUUGGAGAAGAUACCCACGCAAGACACGCCCAUACCCAUCACCAUAACUCCUGCAUCACCGGGUAUACCUCCAUCAUCCACGGACGGUCACACAGUCACGGAGGACGGCACGUACGAAAGGCGCUCAUCGUCUUUCGACGACCCCAAUCGUGAUAUGUCAAGAGGCAAGAAGGUGCGCGAGGCCGUGAAGCGGAAUGUGCACAAGGGACAAGCUGGUAUAACGAAGAACCUGAAGAAGAUUGGACAUAACGUCGGGAAACACGGAGGAACACAUCCGAAACGAUCGAACUCCGCUCCCGACCUCCACGCUGUCUUAGGUCAUUCUCCCUAUCAAGCGUCUUCGAUACAUCUACGACAGCACUACAGUAUACACGCGUCUCAGCAAGAUCUGUCAAUAGCGGAUUUGCCACCGCCACCGCCUCUACCACCGCCUCCUCCCUCACAGUCCCCCAUGUCGACGCUAAGAACGCAGGGUGUUCGUGCUGCCAGAGAACGACGAUUGUUGAGCAACCUCUGGCUCAUGUCCGCGGCAACCUUCCGAAGGCUCGGGAAGAUCGAGCAGGCGAGAGCUGCGAUACAGGAGGCUGAAGUCAGAGAUGAGAGCAAUCCUGCAGUCUGGGUACAGCUUGGCUUGUACUUCAUGGCUCUCAACAGCCGGCGUCGUGCGAUGGAAGCUUUCCAGAAGGCUCUCUUCGUUGCGCCCGACGACAUAUCCGCUACGAUACAUCUCUGUCGACUAUACCUUACGCCGCCAUCGACAGACUCAACAUCGUCGCAGAAACCUGGGCCGGUACAGCCAAGUCGCGACAACGUAGACCUUGCCGUGGGUCUCCUGUCUGAUCUCACCCGAGGUGCAGCGUGGGACGUACCUGAGGCCUGGUACUUCCUCGCGAAGCAGUACGGGCUGCAGGGUAGGAAAGACAGGGAGCGCGAGUGCCUCUGUUUCGCCUUGACGCUCUCGGAAUCGCGUUGCCUUCGGGACCUUGGUGUGGCGGUUGGUUGGUGUCUCUGACAAUUUCACUGUAUGGUAUAUUCACGCAGUCAAGUACACUAUAACCUUAUGCUACAUAUGACUAGUAGAAUUCAAUUAUACACCGGUUGCUUAGGCCCAAGUCCAC